AUGAAUUGCAUGCAGCAGCUAAAGAACAUUUUUUUGAGAACUGUUAGAAUAGACGAUGAAGGAAGGUUUAUCGUUGAUUUGCCUUGGUUGAGUGAACAUCCCCCUCUGCCUGAAAAUUUUGAAUUGGCUUUGAAGAGACUGAACAACACAGUAAAGAACUUAAAAGCGAAAAAUUUGUAUGAGGAUUAUGACCUGGUUUUCAAAGAAUGGGAAAAGGAGGGAAUAAUUGAAGAGGUUCCUUAUAAUGAAAUUCAAGAACCAUCGCAGUAUUUACCACAUCGGCCUGUUGUCAAAGAAAAUAGUACGACUCGCAUUAGGCCAGUAUUCGAUGCUUCCGCUAAGUCGAGAUCUUCACCAAGUCUAAAUGACUGCCUUGAAAAGGGUAUGAACCUUAUUGAAUUCAUUCCAUCAAUAUUAACACGCUUUCGUAUGUAUAAAAUAGGGGUUACUGCUGAUAUAUGUAAAGCGUUUCUGCAAAUCCGUGUAUCUGAAAGGGACAAAAAUUAUCUGAGAUUCCUCUGGUACAACGAUAAGUCUGAGCUAAAGUAUUUCAGGCACUGUCGUGUAAUAUUCGGUGCUUCGUGUAGCCCUUUUUUACUCGGAUCUGUGGUUCAGUAUCAUUUAGAAUCAGCACUAGAAGAGGCAAGAGCUGAGUCCUCGAAAUAUCCCGUUGAAACUGUAGAAGAACUUGCUAACAGUUUUUAUGUGGACAAUUGUCUUGUUAGCGUAAAGGAUGAAGCUCAGUUGCAUAAAUUUAUACAAGCCGCUACAGAAAUAUUAAUGGAAAGAAAAUUUGAAUUACGAGGGUGGGAGUACUCGGAUUCCCGCUGUCAAGUUUCAGAACCCACGAAUGUGCUAGGAAUGAUGUGGGACCGUGGAAAUGAUACCCUCAGUUUAAAGUUAUCACAUGAUACUGAUACCUCUUCGAUGAAAACUUCUAAGAGGUCAAUUUUAUCUGCUGCACAUAAAACGUUUGAUCCUUUAGGCAUAGCCUGUCCAGUUACUUUACUGCCAAAACUUUUGCUGCAGAGGUUAUGGGAAUGCAAAUUAACAUGGGAUCAAGAAGUAGAUACAAAUACUAAAGAAGAAUUCUUGAAAUGGUUGAAAAAUUUGGAGACUUUGAAAGAAUUGAAGAUAACUAGAUGGUUGCAAUGCGAAUACGUAAUUGAUAGUUUACAUUUUUUCUGCGACGCUAGUAAGUCUGCCUAUUCAGCUGUUGUUUUUAUAAAAAUUUGUUUGAAUGAUUCAGUAGCUGUUCAUCUGCUAAGAGCCAAAUCUCGGAUUGCACCUUGUGGAAAGAAAGAGACGACUAUAGCAAGAUUAGAGCUUCUUGGAGCCACAAUUUUAGCACGUCUUUCUGUAGAAGUUCUGAAAGAAUUCAAAAAAGAGAAAAUUGUGUUUUGGACUGAUUCUACUACAGUUCUUUCAUGGUUGAGAAGAGAAGGGCCGUGGGGAGUGUUUGUACAAAACCGAGUGCAGGAAAUUAGAUCCUUGACUCCUUUGAAUGCAUGGCGGUUCGUCCCAGGAUCACUAAAUCCAGCAGAUCUUCCGAGUAGAGGUUGUUCUGCUCGUCAACUUCUUUCGUCAAAAUGGUGGGAAGGUCCGCAAUGGUUGUAUUUCUCAUCGGAAGAAUGGCCAAAAGACGAAUUUUGUGUUGAUGAAGAAGAAAUUCAAAGUGAAAGAAAGAGAGGCGUGGUAUCAUCUAUGGUCAACGUGCAAUGCACAGAUAACAUUAUCCUGUAG